GGACCAGAUUUGUCCCCACUCGGCUUGCACUCGGUCUCACCUCCGUCCUUUACUAAGACUUCAUUGCUGAACUACAGACAUCCUUUAGCUUAGCGACUGAGUACUGGGAACUAAUACUUCUGAUUCUGUGGCCAUCAGUGCUUUUUUGCAUAUAUAAUUGCCCUGGCACCAAAACCGAAGCUUCUACCAGCACAUAGAAUGAACCUGUGGACCUCGACAUAGAAACGAGAGACUUUCGGAUUCCCCCUAUUGCGAUCCAGCAUUCGUCUGCCACCGACUCCAGUCAUAAUGGUCCUGAUAAAACUCUCAGUGCUUGUCGCAUGUCUUGCCGAAUUUCUUGUUUUAACGAACGGUAGGCUCAUCGUCGAUACUGGAUACGCAAAGUACCGUGGCAACCUUUCGUACCCUGACACUGUCGCAUAUCUUGGUAUCCUCUACGCAGAACCUCCUCUUGGUGACCGUCGGUUUCGUGCACCCAUCCCUUUGAACACUACGCGAAUCGCACUAGAAGCGAAUGGUGCUAUCUUCGUGCGACAUUCUACCCCGACUUUUGCGUCCAGGGGUCUACUCUGGGUAUUCGGUGACGCAGGAGGCGCAGGCAGUGAAGACUGUUUGAAUGUUAACAUUUAUUCACCCGUCAAUGGAAACGAUUACACCGCCAACGGAGACUUCAAUGUAGGCUUUCUUGACCAGACACAGGCCCUCAAAUGGGUCAAGCGACAUAUACGAGCGUUCGGCGGGGAUCCGUCGAGGGUGACUAUCAACGGGCAGAGCGCCAGAGGAGCCUCGGCUUCACGCCCCACCCUGGUUUUCGAAAUGAAUUCCAGUCGCUAG